ACAUAUUGCGCUCAUUGUGUUAGUGGAGUCGGCGUUGUCGUCGUGGUCGUGGUCGUCACUUUCUAAGGAUACAUAGAGAAAGAGUCUCAUAGACGCGACCAAAGUCAAUGACAAUUUAGUAUCAACAUCACAGUUGCUAAUUUAACUACACAAACGCUUGUAGCUAACAGAAAUUGAAAGUUAAAAAUACAAUUUCUUUUCGCGUUGCAAUUGCAGGGAAAUACAUACAUACAUACAUGCACACAUAUGCAUAUCUAUAUAUAUAUAUUUUUUUUUUGUGUUUCCUGCCUUCUAAACCACAACUGCACCAUACACCCAACCACCCACCAACCCCACCAGCGCAUAUUGGAUUCAAUUGGCAAGACCAACACCAGAAGUACAAAUGCAUGGACGGAGGGGGGGGUGGAGUAGCGAUACCAACAAACAGCAAGCAGUAACUCACCCUUAAAUGGCUGAAACACCUCUGUAGAGGAGGUUAGCUGCUGCUUGCUGGCUCACAGCAUAGAAUGAGAGCUCGCGGAUGGGCGGACGGACGAACGGCGGGCGGGCGAACAGUGGACGCAUUAACUAUUCUGAGUCGACAGUGAGACGGCUAACACAUACACGCGCACGCACACAUACAUUUGCAUACGCAGACACACACACACAUAUAUGUAUAUAUAUAUUCAUAUGAGUGCAUGUAUGCGUAUGGUAUAUGAUGUCUGUAGAGUCGCGUGGCCCAUCCGCAUAGCCGCUUUAGCAGCAGUAGUGUUAGUGGUGCCGUGAUUAAAUCAUCGCCGCCACACUUUGCGCUCGCGAAAAACGAAAGUUAACCUCUUCAAUACUAGUCCACCAACCAGCCAGAUGAAGUUAUAGUGGGAAUAAUAGCAGAGGUGACGACGGUAGUAGUAGUCAGCAAAAACUAGCCAUCUUGUCGUUGUCGUUGUCAUUGUUAGCGCUGCGGUGCAGACAACGUUGGGACUAGUGAGUGAGUGAGUUUAGAAAAGGCAAGAGGACGACGCUUGCAUAUGUAGGGAAAUUUUCGAAAGGAUUGCUUUAAAAGUGUAAAGUGAAACGCCUUAAUUUUGCUAAAAAAAACUUCAAAAAAUAAUAAGUAACAAAAAAUUUUAAAUAUUUUUUUAACUUAUGUAAAUCCAGCAAAAAAAACAAGUUUUCUUAAAACUCAGCCGUGCAAGUUGUGUAAUUGAAACGUUAACGAAGAAAAAGUGAAAAAUUGUGCACAAAAUAAUUUACAAGCAAGUGAAAGACGGCGCGCAAUAAGAUAAGCAAUACAUGGAAGAAAAAGUGGCUACCAAAUCGCCACCACCACCACCACCACCCAGUUUCCUGCCAAACUUUUCAGCGUGUUCUGCAUGUCUUUGAAAUUUUAAAAAACUAACCAAGUACUUAGUGCAGAAACAGUUAUUAGUUGGUGACCGUUUUUUCACCAUCCUUUCCUCUCCAACUCCCCUCGACGCCAACGUGUCAUGAUGAAUUUCUCUGCGUUUGGUGGUCCGUUCUCCGGCAUACAUCAGUUUGCCGCAAAAUUUGGCCACGACACACAAGGUCCUCCGGGCGCUUUUGCCACGCCCACCGGUAUCAAUGGCAAUGCAGGCGGUGCAUCGUUAGGCGAUAAUCAUGUGCAACGCUAUCAGACGAAUGGCAAUCAUUUCAAUCAGAAUAUACCAAAUGUUUCGGCUGCCAAUAAUACAAUGCAAUACGGACAAAAUAUAUCCAUACCAUAUUCACAGCCACAAACCGAUUUGAAUUUUCUCAACUCAGCGGACCAUAAAGGAAAGAUACAUCCGAAGAUUGAGCGUGACCGUGAAGAAGUUCUGAAUCAACAAAUAUUACAAAAUGUCAAUCAGUCAUGGCAAACAUUGGCCAAUACUGCCAACACCGUUGACUACUCAUCGCAUUUGCUCUCAGCAACACUGCCAAUCUCAAUACAGCACUUCCUCAAAUAUUCCGAAACAAUAAAAAAGGAAUCCUCAGGUAUUGUCGGCUCACAAAUCAACUCAGGGAAUUUGAAUUUGGGCAAUUUGGAUACGUCACCAUCGGGUUUUAAGGGUGACGUCCUCAAGAAUGGCACCAAUUUAAGUCUUGCACUUGGCGGCGUCUCACUCGCCCCACCGUCCAAUCAACAGGCAAACGGCGCCACCCAUCACAAUGGCGGUAUUGUUGGCAUGGAUCAUGGCGGUCAUAUGACCAAUAUGACAGAUGCCACCAAUAAUGGUACAUCACUACAUCCGGGCAUAAAUGGUAAUGCCCAAAAUGCAAAUGUUAAUGGACAAGCCCAGAAUGUGCAACCCGCCAGCGCUAAUGUUACGGUCACGAAUGGUAAUGCUGUAACAAGCAGUGCACCGACUGGCGCCACGACUACCUCAACCGGUGGUACUACUACGACCACUGGCAAAAAGACCAGAAAGAAGAAGCCACCAAAGGAGAAGAAGCCACGCCCUAAACCGGGUGAGAUUCGUGAGAUCAAAGCAUUGGAUGGCUCUACGCUAUAUUGUUGCCCCGAAUGUCAGAUGGCCUAUCCGGAUCGUAGUCUAAUCGAACAGCAUGUCAUCUCGCAUGCAGUGGAACGACGAUUCGUUUGCGAUAUCUGUAAUGCGGCUUUGAAGCGUAAGGAUCAUUUGACUCGUCACAAAUUGUCACACAUACCGGAUCGACCACAUGUGUGCAAUAUUUGCAUGAAAUCAUUCAAGCGCAAGGAGCAAUUAACAUUGCAUAUUGUCAUACAUUCCGGCGAGAAGAAGCAUGUUUGCGUCGAGUGUGGAAAAGGUUUCUACCGCAAAGAUCAUUUGCGCAAGCACACACGCUCGCACAUUGCACGUCGCGUCAAGUCCGAAGUGUCGGCGCAGAAUGUCAAUGCCGGCAGCGGUAGCGGUAACAAUGGCCAGAAUAAUACGAUACAAGGUUCCUGAGGUUCGUACAAGGACUUUUGGUAAAUUUUCAAAGAAACUUCGCACCCAUGAACUGCGUUAUAUUGAAGUCAUCAACUGGCAUGCGCGCACCUACAUACAUACAUACAUACAUACUCGUAUCAAAGGUGUAUCGCAUAUUAGUUGGUGGCGUCAAUGUCUACGCAGUUUGAAGUUUCUCUGAAUGUUUACCAAAUGUCCUGCUGAGCCUUAAACAACGAUGGUAGGAGGAGGAGGAGGAGGUGAAAUACAAAAUCUGACGGUAGAAAAAAGUGGCAGAAAUUAGAUUCUUUCAUACAUCUAAUUGGAAUACUUUUUUCUUUGGAAAGUUUUGCAAUAUGGAAGCCGGUGAGAUUGAAUAGAGUUAAGAUUGAUGGUUUAGAGCAAAUCGCACAAAAUUACACGAAAGAAAAGAAAAAAAGCAUUCCGUCUGCAAGUGAACGCAGAUAAUAAUAACAACAACAACAACAACAACUAGUAAUAACUGAAACCGUUUAAUAGCAAUUUUGAUGUACAAAAUAUUUAUUUAAAAUAUGUAUGAAGUUAGGAAAAAGAAAAAAAAAAAAAACAAAAUCACGAAAAUGAACACAAGCAUACAUAUGUACAUAAUUAUUUAUAUGUAUAUUUAUGCCGAUGAAAUUAUAGAAAAUAUGUACUUAAUUGUGUCACAAAUAACACGAACAACAACUCAUUUGGAAAAGAACGCGCAAACAAUUGUAGGCGGAUUUCCGCGCAUUUAUGUACAUAGAUACAUACAUACAUACAUACAUAUGUACAUAUGCAUACUUGCACACAUACACACACACAUUGUAUGUAUGUAUGUGCGAGCAUUAUUUAAAGAAGCGAAAAGCUAAAAUAAUUUAAUAGUUUUGUAUUUAAAUUAUUUUAGAGGAUCUGUGAUCUUUUCUGGGUAAAAAAAAAAAAUUCAAACAACAAGGCAAAUAGCUACGCAAAAUGUGAGAGAGAGUGCGCUAAAAAAGGUGUAUAGGUUAAAGGAAAAAAAAUUAUUAUGAAAAACUGAUAGAAAGAAAAUAGCAAAGAUGUAUAAGUACGUAUAUACAUUUUUAUUAGGGUGGUCCUGAAAAAUAUCAACAUUAUGGGCAACGCCUUUAUUUUGUUCUACGUAAA